UACUCUCAAACCAUUUGCAACACUUGCUUCGAUUCUUGAAUGUCUCCCGUCACUUUGAUGAUGGGACUAUUUAUUUCUAUUAGUACUGUUUCUAUAUUGUGCAUGUUCUUGACUAUGGGAAUUGUAGUAUUAUUCAUCACUUUUGCUCUAAAUAUGUACUGCGUCAAUUCAUUGUUAGGGUUCAAGAUAUCAACACUCACUUCAAUUCUUGAAAUUUCUAGUAUUUUGUUACUCGUGUCAUUAUUUAUUUCUAUUAGUAACUGUUUCUACAUUGUCCAGGGACAAAGAUCAUGGUCUUACUAUGGAAACUUGUGAAUAUUCAUCAUAUUUCUUGAAAUUUAAAGAAGGGGAAGGUAAUUCUUGUCGGCUGUAUUGGUUCUGUUCCCCAAUCAUCUUUACCCAAACUGUGAGAGAGACUCCAAAGUUUUCCUAUCACUUACUCAUGAAUGAUUCCAUGUUGCCAUCAUAUUUUCCAUUUCUUUCUAAAGGUUCAGUUGACUUACUUGUACUAAUACUCAUAGUUGAAGGUGUCACAAAUAGUCUCCAUAUCACUUUUUCGCUUUAAAUCCUUCAAAUAUGUACUGUGUCAAUUCAUUGCUAGGGUUCCACGACAUCAUACCCAGACUCUCUUUUAAGUAUCAUUAUGGCGGCGACUAACAGAGUUCCAACGUCAAUAAAGCAUUCUGAUUUCUGGGUAAAGGGUGCUACUAUGUAUGUGGUGACUUGUUCUCUUAGUUUGUCAAAGGCCAAGAAGAUGCUAAGUAUACAAAAGAGAUGCUGUCAGCUUCAUUACAAUUGUCUAUGCUAUAGCAGGAAGCUGAUAAGCUACAAAAAGGAAAUGAUUUCCCUGGCUCGUGCUUCUGUGUCUGAGGAGGAAUGCAACAAAAAACUUCUUGAAGUUGGGAAUGAGCUGCUUCAGCAGCCCCCAUCUUCUAAAGAGGAGCUUCUGGAGAAACUUGAUGAACUGGGUUCUGUCUCAAACACCAAAGAAAUCAAUUUCCCCAAAGCUUGUAAAAAACAACGUAAACAACGUAAAAGGAAGUACUUUCUAUCACAAGAAGAGGGGGAAGCAACUGAUGAUCCGACUCCUCCAACAAUGACCAUGCAACAUAAUUUAACUCCAAAAGGAGUACACGGAAAUAAGGGGGUCAGGGUUGAUGUGCAUGGCUAUAAAGUAAAAGUGAGCAGUGGUCCCAUACUCACUGCCAUUUUUGCCAAGUAUGGUGACAUUGCAGUCAAUUGUCACUAUAAAUCACUGGCUUUCAGAGUUUCCCUUCUUGAUAUAGUUUGUGAUGUUGUAAGGAGGCUGAAAACCGGUGAUGUUGGCUCUACUUCCAUCAAAGAUAUGAGAGCUUUGGUUUCUGCUGCAGCGAAGGUCAAGCUUGAUGUAACUUGGCUGCAGCAGUAUCUGGAUGAGAUUUCAGAAGAGGGAGAUAUGGAGAAGAAGUUAUUGGAUUUGAUGGAGUUAAGCAAGACUACCAUGCUUGUAUCUAUAGCAGCUAAAAAGGACAUGGUAGAAAGGAAUAGGAAGGUCUUCGCUGCAGAGGAACGGCUCAAAAAGGCUGAAAAGCGCUUGCAAGAGGCCCGAAGCCGAGCAGGAAAGGUGGAAAGGUCUGUCAAAGUGUUUGAAACAGUGCGUGAAAAAGUUCAGCAGGACAUCAAGGAGAUUGAGGAUCAAGCACAGUAUCGGCUAAGUAGGUUAAAUGAGCUUCUGUAGAGCUGUUUUAUCCUUGCUACUUUUCUUGAACACUAUUGCCAAGUAAAUCUAAAACAUGUAUUAGAUCAACUUUUUAAAUUUGAUAUCUGGAAUGGUGUAUAUACAAGUAAGUCUGUCCGUGUGGAUAUGGAUAUUCUUAUUUGUUGAAUUGUGGAGCGAGACAAUUUCUCAGUAAAAUGAGUUUAUUAACAUUCUUUUUACCAACACAUAAA